CAUAUUAAUAUAAUAAAAUUAUUAUAUGAUAAUAAAAAUAUUAUAUAUGAUAAAUGGUUAAUAGGAUGAGAAGUAAAUGAAAUUUUACUUCAGAAAUCGACCAUGGGGUGAAAAUUUGAGAGAAAUGUUUCAUUUUUGGCAGUGCCUACUUUGAGUCUCCUUUCUUAUUUCAAUAAGAAUAAGAUUACAAAUAAAACAUAUAUGUUACUUCCACCAUAACUCAAUUAUAUAAUGUUUACAAAAUUAAGUUAAGGUCUCCAAGUUGCCCCUGGGAACAUUCUCAUUCAAUUCUCUUAUCAAUUUUAGGGCAAGCCUUCAAAAGAAGGCAAAAUGACAUAUUUGUAUUAACAUUCUAAAUCACAACUCAAACAACCUCGUAGUGUUGAUACUUGAUAGGAUAGUAUGAGCAUAUCCUCUUUUUUUUCCUGACCCAUCGAUCACAAUAUAAUCAAUCUCGCCCAAUUAGCAAACCAAAUAGAGUAAGUGGACAAAGAUUCCGUCUUAAUAAUCCUUCCUUUAUAAGAAAUCUAAAUCACAAUUAGCCCAUGAUUCAAGGUAAUGUACAAAUAUGGUCGUAAAAUAUUACUCACCUUAUAAUUCACGAUUUUCGAAUUGUUACUAUAUUUAUGCACCCACACACCGUCGCAUUAUAUAAGUCGUACAUAUGCUACCUACCGCCGGCCGCACAACCAACCAACCAACCCUCACUCUCUCUCUCUCUCUCUAGAUAGCUCCCACUCCAUUCACGAAAAAAAAAAAAAAAAACACUCGGAGUCUUUUCUACACAACAACAAUGGAAGGUCGCCUGCCACUAGUUCUCGUCUUGUUCCUUGUCGCCGCUCAAUCUUCCGCCGGCUACCGUCCCCUAGAGCAAUAUUAUUCCGACGGCCGGUAUUCAUCAAGGGAAGGCGCCGCCAGAAGAUACGUCGACCAUUUCCUCGACUACGCAGAAGCUGCUACCGAUCACGAAACUAGCGAUCUCGCCUACUACGAGCCUCAGCGCUUUGGGAAGUCCACGUUCGACGUGACGGAAUAUGGAGCUGUCGGCGACGGCAGGACCGACUCCUCCAAUGCUUUCCUGAGGGCAUGGGACGAUCUGUGUGGAGCAACGGGAGGGCGGCCGACUCUCGUCAUACCUCAGGGGAAGGAGUUCCUUCUUAGCCCUCUUUCUUUCAAGGGUCCAUGCAAGUCCAAAAACCUUUGGAUUCAGCUGCAAGGCACACUCGUGGCACCCGGGAGCAUGAACGCCUGGGACGACGACAAGGAGAAAUGGGUUCAGUUCAUGCACGUAAACGGCCUAACCAUUUACGGCGGCGGGCAGAUCGACGGCCAGGGCAAGAUCUGGUGGGACUAUUGCCAGGAAGACAAGAGCUGCCCACGACCAUCUGCGCUGAGUUUCCACUCGUGCAACAACCUGCGGGUGAGCGGAUUACAGCACGUGAACAGCCAGAAGAACCACAUCAGCAUCAACGACUGCAACGACGUGGACAUCUCCCACCUGAAGAUCACGGCGCCGGAGGAGAGCCCCAACACCGACGGGAUCGACAUCUCCGCUUCGAACCACCUCCACAUCCACGACAGCUUCAUCGGGACAGGUGACGACUGCGUGGCCAUCAACGGCUUCUCUUCCUACAUCAACAUCUCCCGCGUCCUGUGCGGGCCCGGCCACGGCAUCAGCAUCGGCAGCCUCGGCAAGGGCGGCGCCUACGAGACCGUGGAAGAAGUCCACGUCCAAGACUGCACCUUCAAGGGCACGAUGAACGGCGCGAGGAUCAAGACUUGGAAGGGAGGGAGAGGGUAUGCUCGGAAGAUAAGCUUCGAGAGGAUAAGGAUGAUCAACGCGGGGAAUCCGAUCAUCAUAGACCAGACGUACGUGAACCGGAUGGCGGCGUCGACUGAUGAGGAAUAUGAUGCUUGGUCGUCGUCGUCAGGGGACGUGGAGAUAAGCGACGUGUCGUACAAGGGAGUGAUAGGGUCGUCUACCGACGCCAGGGCGGUGUACUUCAACUGCGGGGAUGGAGCUGGUUGCAGGAACAUUGUGGUGGAGGAUGUGGAGAUGACGUCUGCGGUUGCCGGGAAGCAGUUGUUUGCGGUUUGCAAUAACGCUCAUGGGACUUCCAGUGCAGAUCGAUCACCGAGGGUUCCUUGCCUUCUGCCAUGACCUCCAUGAUAGUCGAUAGAUGAAAAUAGUGAAGUAGGCUAAUAGCUAGCUAGGAUGGUAGUAUCGUUUUGUUGCAUUUUAGAGGAGAAAGGUUAAUAAAAUAGUAUCGAUUUC